AUGGCCCACUCGGUAUCCUCGACGAAGAACAAUGAGAGCAUCCAGAUUACAGCAGAGGCCUACUCUAGGCCACUGGGGGAGAGAAUCGGAAACCCGGCUCCUCUAGCUAUGGGUGGUUUUGCUACUACACUACUCACACUUUCGCUGUCCAUGAUGGGCUUCCGGGGCGUGUCCCUUCAGACAAUCUUUGUCGGGAACUUGUGCUUUGUGGCCUGUGUUGGACUGCUCAUUGCUGCGCAGUGGGCAAUGAUCAAAGGAGACACAUUCACAUUCACGGUUCUUACAGCUUUCGGACUCUUCUACGGCGGCUACGGCGCGACCCUUAUACCUUCAUGGGGCAUUAUCGACGCCUAUGGAGGUGCUUCCAAUCCUGAAUACAACAACGCACUCGGAUUUUUUGUCCUAAUCUGGGCCGUCUUUAAUUUCUUUUUCCUCAUUGCUUCAAUUCAGCUUAACCUUGUGUAUAUUUGCAUCUUUAUGAGCAUCGAACUGUGCUUAAUCUUUGACGCCUCCUCCUACUUCUCUCUCGCCGACGGCAAUGCCGCUGCCAGCACUGCCCUCAUGAAGGCAGCUGGUGUUUUCGGUUUCAUCGCGGGAUUGCUAGGAUUCUACUGCGUCCUUUACUACCUCUGCCAGGAAGUGCUCCCCUUCAGUGUCCCCAUGGGCGACACUUCUGCUUGGUUUCAGGCUCGACGUGAGAGGAAGAAGCUUGCAGGCUGCGACGCUUAA